GCGUCGUUAGCUAGCGUCAUUAGCUAGCCUCAGCUAACCACGUCGUUAGCCGUGGGUGGUCCGGCCACAUAGCGGUUGGCCCGUUGGCCAAUGAGCCGCGCGGAUGUGCAAUUAGCCCCCCGCUGGAGAGACGGGUUUUCACUUCCGAUGUUUCUCACCGCACAAAGCCACACACUACGAUCGAAUUUAAUAAACAUCAAAGUUAAGAUGUUGCUCCACUGGAUAGUCACGUGCAUGGGGGUGUUGGGCGAGGACUAGGAUGGUAAGCAGCCAGCCGAAGUACGAGCUGAUCCAGGAGGUGGGUCGCGGCAGCUACGGCGUGGUCUAUGAGGCGGUGGUGAAGCGCACGGGGGCCCGCGUGGCGGUGAAGAAGAUCCGCUGCCACUCUCCGGAGAAUGUGGAGCUGGCCCUGCGGGAGUUCUGGGCCCUCAGCAGCAUCCAAAGCCAGCACCCGAACGUCAUCCACCUGGAGGAGUGCAUCCUGCAGCGGGACCAGCUGGCCCAGAGGAUGAGCCACGGCUCCAGCUCCCCGCUCUACCUGGAGCUGGUGGAGACGUCUCUGAAGGGCGAGAUCACAUUCGACCCGUGCUGUGCCUGCUACUUGUGGUUCGUCAUGGACUUCUGCGACGGGGGCGACAUGAACGCCUACCUGCUGUCCCGCAAGCCCAGCCGCAAGACCAACACCAGCUUCAUGCUGCAGCUGGGCAGCGCGCUGGCCUUCCUGCACCGCAACCAGAUCAUCCACCGCGACCUCAAGCCCGACAACAUCCUCAUCUCGCAGGCCUGCACGCCGGCCGGCUCGUCCGAGCCCACCCUCAAGGUGGCCGACUUCGGCCUGAGCAAGGUCUGCUCCACCUCCGGGCUCAACCCGGAGGAGCCCGCCAGCGUCAACAAGUGCUUCCUGUCCACGGCGUGCGGCACGGACUUCUACAUGGCGCCGGAGGUCUGGGAGGGCCACUACACGGCCAAGGCGGACAUCUUCGCCCUGGGAGUGAUCAUCUGGGCCAUGGUGGAGCGCAUCACCUUCGUGGACGUGGAGACUCAGAAGGAGCUGCUGGGGAGCUACGUGCAGCACGGCACGGAGAUCGUCCCCUUAGGGGAGGCCCUGCUGGAGAACCCAAAGAUGGAGCUGCUCAUCCCGGCCAGGAAGAAGAGCAUGAACUGCCACAUGAAGCAGUUGAUCAGGGAGAUGCUGUCGGCCAACCCGCAGGAGCGGCCCGACGCCUUCGAGCUGGAGCUCCGGCUGGUGCGCAUCGCCUGCAGAGAGCUGGACUGGGACACGUGAUGGCCGACAUUAGCUACUGUUUAACCCGGAUCACACAACGGGGGUUCGUAGUUCUGUCAAACGCUGCAGGAAUCAUUAGAAUAGUCGUAUGUUCGUGUCGUGGCUAAACUUCCCUUCAUUCACGGUCCAAGCACACGCAGCCCACUGCCUGCUGGGCCUUUUUAUACCGGAGGGGAGAGGUGCUCCAAAUUGCAGCUUAGUCCGAGGCUAAUCACAUCCCAGCUUCCUCCUCCUGCCGACAGAAUCACUCGAGUGUGCCGGAGGAGCAAAAUGACCCCAAAAGGGUCUUUUAUUCAAACUGGGACUGUUUGUCUGCAAAUACCACCCGGGACUCGGUGCUAAUGAUGAUCAAAUGCAAUAUGAGACGUAAUCCUGUGAACCAUUACAGCGCACAUUAAUCCAAAGGGCCAACAUUAACACACAAUCCCGUCAAUGUGUCUGAAGGCUUUGACGGAACCUGACUUGCAGACUGAUUUCAGCCCGGUACGCGACCACCAGCAACAGUGUUUCCCCAAAGGUUUACGGCUUUGGGGCAUUUGGCAUUAAAUGCAGCUCUGCCCUGAAUGCUCAGGUAAGAAAAACUGCGACGUGGUGGUAUUCGUAGACAAACUUCUUCCAGUAGGGUUUGGGGUGCUUGUCUCAGGCCUGAAAACCUUUAUCCGCACAGGCUGCUUUGUUGGUUUUCGUGGGUGGGGGGGAACAUUUUUAUCAGUUAGCGACCAGCCAGCUGGGGGCUUGUGGUCACAUUCGCCCUCUUUCUGCCCGUCCCAGACCUGGAGAUAAAGUUGCCUGGUCCCAGACCAGUGUAGCAGAAUGUAUAGCGAUCUGGACUUUAGUUAUGUAGAGCCGGCUCUACUUGUUUUCUUUCACCGCUGACUCUCGCUACAUCCUACCGCCAGGGUUAUUGUUCCCUCUCUAAAGUUACUGUCGCCUUGCCGGUUAAACUUAAUAUUUUGGUACGGCACGAACGACUUAACAGCAGUCGGGAGGUUGACUCCUCCAAAUUCCAUCUUCUGAAUCUUUAUUCUAAUGACAAAUAUAACUCAAUAUUUAGUUCGUCGAAGGUUUUCUAACUAACGUUUACACUGUGAGUUUGACCUUUUUAUUGCUCCUUGUAACAGCAGCACUUCCCGUUGUUGGCUUAGCCGAUGGCCGUAAUGUCCCAGGCUGUGGAAAAAGUAACCAAAGUUGUAAUAGACCAGAAAUUACAGAGCAGACUACACUAAAGCGAGCAGAUUGGCUUAAGCUCAGAAGACUUUGUGGAUGACUCCCCAACAAAUCCCUAUGUUGCUUAAACAUAAAUUGAAUUAUCUAAAAGGUUGAGCUGCAGUGACAUUAAUAUUCACCUCGGAGUUAAUUUAGACCUGAAUAAGUAAUAAAACUGAGGGAUUCAGUGACUCACUGAAAGGACUCUUUAUUCAGUUUACCUGCUGCAUCUUCUGCAGGAGCUGACUGCGCCGCUGUUUGUUUACCAGGAGAAAACAAUGUCAGCCAACGGUCUACUUAUGCAUGCGGCGUCUCUCACCUUCAGGGAGAGAAGACACAAUCCUCCAUGAGCCAGAGGAUCUGUUCGUUUUUAUUAGUGGGGAGGGGGGGGGGACAUAAUACUGUUGUGUUGAACUUGAUCUCCUCUCAAUGUGUCACUGCUCCUGGUUCCCUUUGGCUCUGGAUCUUACAGUAAUCCCGUUCUUCAUGCUUCCGACAGGCUAAUUCUAAGCCUAUUAAGUUGUUGCAGCACUUGGCAGAGGAUCAUUCUCGGGACCCCCUUUGCCUUUCAGGUCAAAUGGAAUUUUAGCACUUAAAGCAAAUUUUUACAGGAACAUGUAACAAUAAACGGUCCUGGCUUCUUUGCUGUCAACAUUGCGCAGGAAAAUUCUAUUUUUCCCACCUUUUGCCAAUAUUUACCUGCUAGAUGACCUUCAACUCUCUGUCCUGAUGCAAUUUGAGAUUUGCCUUUUUCUAUGCUGCUUUCCCUCAACAAUGUGCUAGUUGUGCUUUUGGUGUUCACGGCGGUCCAGCUCGGUCCCAGAGUAGUGUCCCACACAUCCGGAGCGCGGGAUCAUGGGCCCGGUCAUCGCUGGCCACGUUUCUUCCUUCGCUUCCACUUUGAGACGUUUGCCAAACAGAUGCUUGGCUCUGGGGUAGGAAGACAUUUCAAUCUGAAUGAAAUUCCUUUUUGCACAUGUGUAAAUACUGUACAGGGUAAAGGAUGUUGAUGUACAUUUGACUGAGUGUGUGUGUGCUCUGUUUUAAAGAGCCGGACUUGUUUUGUAAAUUGCUGUGAUUCUUCCGCUUUCGAUUCAUUCAUUCAUCACAAUUGUGUUUUUGUGCUUUAAGUAUAACUUAAUUUCUGCUUCUUUUCGUUCGCGAAAGAAGAUUUUAGGGGUCCGAUUUUCAGCAUUCCUCCUGUAAUUGAUGUUAGGGUCAUCUCAAUGAAAGGAUAUCAAACACGAUCUUCUCUCACCAUUGAUGAGUCCUGCAUAAAACCACAAGAAUGCUGCAAGCUUCUCAUGCUCUUUUCUAUCAACAGUCUUUGCCCUCAUGUCAUUGUUACCUCUUUUUGAAGAGAAUAAAUGAAGUUUAUCAGGAAGCGCUGUGAAUACCUGUCACUGUUGGAAUUGAUUUUUAAUAAAAUUGAAUCAAAUCAUAAUGGAAUUUCUUG